UUUUUUCGUUUUCAUUUUUCUUUCAACGCACUAAUUCAAAAAGCGUCGAACGAACCCAAAAUCUCAAUUCUCUGUAUCGAAGAGCUUCCUCAAUUGUGCUGCUUCUUACGGUGUUGGAGACCAGUUAGGGAUUUUUUUUUCCAUUUCCGCUUCAGGAUUGUGCUAUUCCACUUUUUCGCUCUCAGUGUUUUCUCGAUCUUCUAAUUCUUCGGUUACAAACCUUGAGUUUCUGGUGAAUUUCUCCACGGGGAUUCGUUUUCCCUCACUCGUCGAGCUCCUGGGGUGCAAUUGCGGUAAGAGUCGCGUUUGUGUUGUUCGAGAAGGUGAAAUUAGGGUUUCGUGUCUUUCCUAGAGUGGAAUUUGCGAAACAGCUUUUGGUUUCUGGUUUUGUUGUUGUGCUUGGUUAUGGGGAUUUGAGAUUUGGGAGAGUUGGUGUUUUGUUUGGAGUGGGAAAUUUUGUGAAGGUGAAGAGAAAUGUUUUACUCUCAGUUUAUAUUGGCCAAAAAAGGGCCUCUUGGGACUAUAUGGAUAGCUGCACAUCUGGAGAGGAAGCUCCGCAAGAAUCAGGUGGCAGAUACUGACAUUGGCGUCUCUGUAGAUUCCAUUCUUUUUCCUGAAGUACCAAUCGCACUCCGCUUGUCCAGUCAUCUUCUGCUUGGUGUGGUGAGGAUAUAUUCUAGAAAGGUGAAUUACCUUUUUGAUGACUGCAGUGAAGCCUUGCUUAAGGUAAAGCAAGCUUUUCGCUCCACUGCAGUUGAUUUGCCACCGGAAGAGUCCACUGCACCUUACCAUUCCAUCACCUUACCUGAGACUUUUGAUCUUGAUGAUUUUGAACUACCAGACAAUGACAUCUUUCAAGGUAACUACGUUGAUCACCAUGUCAGCACAAGGGAGCAGAUUACACUGCAAGAUACUAUGGAGGGUGUGGUUUACACUACUUCACAGUUUGGAUUGGAUGAGCGUUUUGGUGAUGGUGAUGCCUCUCAAAUUGGUUUAGACCUUGAUGAGGUUUUGUUACUAGACAAAGCUGCUACUUUGGAGCAUGAUGACCUAACUGCAAGUCCUCAAGUAUCUCAUCAAAAAGAUGAAAAGUUUGAUGCUUUACCCGCUGCUGCUGAAGUCAGUGGGUAUGCUCAAGGUCCAUCUACUCCUGGACUAGAAGAGCCAAACUUGAUUGGUACUCUGGUGGAUCUGGUCAAUAAUGAAGUUGAUUAUCAUAAUUCAGCAGAUUUAGUAUCAAUGGAGACCAUGCAAAAAGAAUCCUCUGCUGACCACAGGGAGAAUGAUGCAAUUGAUUGCUCCUUGCAAAAUAAUGGGAAGCAUGUUGAUGCUGAUUUGCAUCAUGAGGACAAUGACAGCACUCUGGUUGAAGUGGAAAGCAAAAGAGAGGAACAGGAACAUUUGGCAUGUAUGGUUGUUAUGAAGGAUCAAGAAAAUUUGGUGCCUAAUGAUCAUUGCUUAACAUCAUCACCCUUGGUGGACUCAUCCAAUAAAGAGUACCAGACCACCCUGUUACAAGAAUGUGCAGGUAAGACGACCAAUGCUUCUGAUAUACUCGAGAAGGUAAAAGACUCACAUGAUGGAGUUGUGAUGAACGAUGAACUAGUUGUGGCUCCUUUGGACCAAACUGUUACAAAAUGUGUUGUUUUUGGAGGUGUUAAUGUAAAUGAAACUGUUGCAUCUCCUAAUUGUUCUCAUGUGACAUCUGACCAAGAAGACCUCUCUGGUAAACUGUUGUCUGGCAUGGAUGGAUCUCAGAGGCCAGAAUCAGAUGGUCAUGUAGAGGAUGAUAAAACAUUGUCAAAGCAUGAAGUUCUGAAUGACAUUGAAAUUUCUAAGAGUGAGGGGCAAUCCUUUCUGUUUGAUGGGGCUCAAGUAUCCAAUGUUAUAAGUCCUCCAGGAUCACCUGGAAGACCUGAAGUCGUUGAUGUGGAAGCACAGGCUUCUCAAGAAGUGAAGGAAGCAGAGGCUAACCUUGUAUCUCAUGAAGCUGUGCAACCCACUGAGUCAUACCUUCGGCCAUGCACCUCUCAUCCGAGCCAGCCUUCUCUGUCAUCUUUUGAAGGUGAAAAGUGUCAUGAAACUGAUGUUUCAGAUCCUGCUUUAGGUUAUCAUGAGAUUAUGGAGCCAUCUGUGUGUAAAGGAACACCACAUUUGGAGAAGUCAGAUGUGCAACUUGGGAGCCAGAUAUUUAGUAAUGGAGUCGAAAGUAUAAACAAAUCUGCUGCUUCUGACAUUCCAGAGCCUGAAAAAAUGCUCUUCUUAGCUUAUCAACAUGGUGGUGGUGAAGCAAAUGAUUUACUGAUGGAGUCUACUCCUGACAAGCAGGGUAUAUCUGAAGGCCAAACAGAUGCUACAGGAGUAAAAUCCAUCUCUGGUAAAAAGCGCAGCUUCACAGAAAGUACGCUCACAAUGCAGAGUGUGGAUUUGGUUGAAUCAUAUGGAGGGGCUCAAUCCAAGAGAAUUGCAGAGUCUAUACCUGAUGAUGAUGAUCUAUUGUCUUCAAUAUUAGUUGGUAGAAGAUCUUCAGUUUUAAAAGUGAAACCCAGUCCAGCAGCCCCUGAAAUAGCAUCAACGAAACGCUUACGUUCUGGAACACGCACUAGUGCCUUAAAGAGAAAGGUGCUUAUGGAUGAUAUGAUGGUCUUGCAUGGCGAUACAAUACGCCAACAGUUGACAAAUACUGAGGACAUACGUCGCACACGGAAAAAAGCUCCUUGCACUCGCCAUGAGAUUUCAAUGAUUCAAAGACAAUUUUUGGAGGAUGCAAUUUUCCACGAAUCAAUAUUUACAGGUUUGUCUGCUGAUUUGACUAUUCUGCGAAAUGAGGCAUUAGAUCUGACUGGAAUCAUGGUUUUUGAUCAUGGUUUAGAUAAUUCUUUCAUAGAAAAAACAAAUGAUCAAGAGUCCUAUCCUAGAACAAAUACUGAAAUUCAUGGUGUGGAAGGGAAUAAUGAACCUAUGGCAGUCCCACUCCAAGAAGAUGCAGAAGCACAACCUACUGAGAUUCCUCUUUUUUCUGAGAGCCAUCAAUCUGAAGUUAACUUGGGCUCUCAUGAUAUUGAGGGUCAUGGGCAUACAAAUAUUAUUUCUCAUGUGAAGCAGCUUGACAGUUCUGAAAAUGCUGAAAUGAACAAUGCUGAUGGAAAUAUAAAGGUUUCUGAAGCAGAGAAUUGCUCUGUUGGCCCUGGGCAUGAAUCUUCAUCCGUAGCUGAAGUCUUUGAAAAUGACCUUUGCAUGGCAAAUGAUUUUGUUGCAUCGCUGCCUCUUCUAGAUAAAACCAAUGAUCUUGGAGAUUCUAUGCAUACUGAUAUAUUGAGCAUACCAAAUGCCCAGAAUUUGAAUACAAACCCUAUUCUAGAGGAUGAGUUUAUUGAGAAUAAAGGUGAUAGUAGUGGAGUAGGUGCUAUUGAAUUUUUAGAGCAUAGCAUGGAGAUUAGGACACAAGUUCAAACAGAUGGUUUGGAAGCUAAUGAUUUAUAUGCAUCCUUGGAUAUUGGCUCUAAGGAAACUAAUGAAUAUACUGAUAAUCAGGCUCCGUUUAAUGGGGACCUGCCUAUGGAGGAAAAUGGACACAGCAUGCUAGGGGGCUUAAAUGAGGAUCAAAUUGUUGCUUCUGGCUUGGGGUGUGAUGACAAGGACGCCAAAUCUGGCUGCACAUUUAGUGAAAAUACUGAAGUAGAUUGUUUACAUUCUGUAGCACUUGUUUUGGAUGAAAAAGAGAUUCCUCUGAAUGAUGAAGAAAACCCAGUCUGUCGGGAAGCUGGACUACAAAGUACAAUGUGCCCUGAAAUCUCAGCUAUAAGGAGUCCUUUUGUAGAUCAUAAUGAUGAAAAUGACAUGGUUGCUAAUGACACAGGGUUUUUGAAUGUUGGUGAUGAUGAGAUAAUUGAAGAUGAUGAUGAUUUUAUACCACGUGCUGAAGGAACUCACCUCGAAAAUAGUGGAUGGUCUUCCCGAACCAGGGCUGUUGCCAAGUAUCUGCAGACUGUGUUUGAUAAGGAAGAUCUACAAGGACGGCAGAACCUGCAUCUUGACAAUUUAUUAGUUGGUAAAACACGGAAGGAAGCAUCAAGGAUGUUUUUUGAAACACUGGUUCUCAAGACAAGGGAUUAUGUUCAUGUUGAACAGACAAAACCCUUUGCCAAUGUUAACAUCAAACCUCGAAUGAAGCUUAUGAAGUCAGAUUUCUGAACCUCAUGUAGGAGUGACGGAUAUAGUUGUAAAGAUCCAAGUGGUGGUAGUUUGGUUGAAAUCUGCAGGGUUGGAAUAAUCCUUUCAACGUUUCUCCCCAAUCUUAGUUAUUGCUUUUCAUUUAUAAUUUUUGAGGUAGGAUUUAGCUAUUUAGUUUUAGUUCUUGAAGGGCUUGGGGGGAUUGAAGUGGCAUGUGUAUCAUCUUAUUGAUUAUUAUGGGUCUUAAUGUAUAUAUUUUUGUAAAAUAUCACCAUUUGUAACUUUAAAGGCGCUAAUUUGUAUGUUGUUUAACCACAUCCCUCCAAGCAAGAAUGAUAUUCUGCUUUCUUUAGGCAUCAAGUUUCUGUAACUAAAAGCGCCUUGUAAUUUAGCUGUCGUUGGAAGACAAGGAUCAUCAUUUCUGUACCUAUUUUAUUUGUAUAGUAUCUAACCGUAUUU